UGUGUAAUCAACAAACACAUUCCAUCGCCAUCAACCACUUCCGCCCCUCAACAUCUCAAUAUACCCAUUUACAAUUGUGCGCAUCUAGGACCUCACCCGCUCCUAUCAACAACACACAUAAAUCGACGAUAUGCCCGGGCUCGUGUCGGCCACAGGCGUCCUCGGGUUCCUUUCCGACGAGGAACCCGAGCUCAAGAUCUUCGCCCUACAGACCUUGAACGAUGAUAUCGAUACUCUCUGGACGGAGGUAGCGGGAUCUGUUGGUCAGAUCGAGGCUCUCUAUGAAGACGAUACAUUCCCGGAGCGCCGACUUGCGGCACUCGUGCUGGCAAAGGUGUACUACCAUUUACAAGAAUACAACGAGAGCAUGGCGUUUGCUCUAGGCGCCGGGGACCUCUUCAAACUUGACAACGGCGGCGAAUUCGAAGAGACCAUCAUCUCCAAGUGCGUGGAUCAGUACAUUGCCCUCUCGGCGUCACAUCGUCCACGUGCAUCAGAUGCUGGCACCGGCGCUAUUCCUACUCUCGCGACAUCAUUUGCGAAUACCGCUGGCGAUAGCAACGUGUCGGGUGCACUGUCUUCACCAACGACCCCAUUCUCUCAGUCGACUCUGCCAUCCAAGUCGCUGUUAUCUCGCCAAUCCACCGAUAUAUCCGCCGAUUAUCCAACCAUCAGCACAGGAGCUCUGUCAUUAUCUGUUGCGGACCGCAAGACCCAGGUAGCCCUGGAAAACGUCAUCGAGAGGUUGUUCGAGAGCUGCCUGCGCGAGGGGAGAUACAGGCAAGUGGUUGGGAUAGCCAUUGAAGCUCGCAACUUGGAAGUCCUGCGAAGGGUAAUCAAGCGUGCAAGCGACGAUGAAAAGAAGGCUGGAAAGCCAACAGACAAUGGUUCCGGUCCUACUGAGGAGCUGAUGGAGUACGUCCUGAACAUCUGUAUGGAUGUUGUCCAGGAGCGUGCCUUGCGAACAGAGAUCUUGAAGAUGAUCCUCGACUUACUAAAUGACUUACCAACGCCCGACUUUUUCGCAAUCGCAAAGUGCGUCGUCUACCUGAACCUGGAUGGAGAAGCCUCUGCGAUGCUCCGGAAGCUGGUGGAGAAGGGAGAUGGCUCUUCUCGGGCCGUGGCAUAUCAAAUCGCCUUCGAUCUGUACGACAACGGCACACAGGAGUUUUUGGGAAAUGUACAAAAAGCUCUGCCGACUGAGAAGAAGCCCGAGGAGCCUGCUGCUGCCGAAGGAGAAAGCGAGCCACUCUUGGGUGAGAACAAGGAUCAAUCCGGCGACUCCUCCAACGCCGAUAACUUCUCCGCCGAACAGAUCCAGAUCUUCACCAACAUCAGAUCCAUUCUCGACGGCUCCAAGAGCAUCAAGCUGAACCUGGAAUUCCUCUACCGAAACAACCACACCGACAUCAGCAUUCUCAACAAGGUGCGGGACAGCCUCGAGGGAAGGAACUCGAUAUUCCACACCGCAGUGACCUUCUGCAAUGCCUUUAUGAACCAGGGUACCACCAACGACCAGUUCUUCAGGGACAACUUGGAGUGGCUCGGCAAGGCGGUCAACUGGUCAAAGUUCUCUGCCACUGCUGCGCUGGGAGUCAUCCACAAGGGCAACCUGAGCCAGUGCCGGAAGCUCCUCGAGCCUUAUCUUCCCCGACCAUCUUCUGUUGGAGGAUCUAUCUUCAGCCAAGGUGGCGCCCUUUACGCGUAUGGUUUGAUAUAUGCAAACCACGGAGCGGAGGCACUCGACUACCUCCGCCAAUCAUUCAACGACACCCAGGAGGAGGUCGUGCAGCACGGUGGUGCCCUUGGUCUUGGUCUUGCUGGCAUGGCUACGGGGUCUGAGGAGAUUUACGAGAACCUCAGGGCCAUCCUCUAUACCGACUCCGCACUCAACGGAGAGGCUGUCGGUCUCGCAAUGGGACUGAUUAUGCUCGGUACUGGAAAUAUCAAAGCGCUCGAAGAUAUGAUCCAAUACGCACAUGACACUCAGCACGAGAAGAUUGUUCGCGGAGUGGCCAUGGGCAUGGCUCUUAUCAUGUUCGGGCGCCAAGAGGGUGCUGACGAGCUGAUUGAGGGCCUCCUCAACGAAGCUGACCCAACUCUUCGUUAUGGUGGAAUUAUGACCGUUGCCAUGGCGUACUGUGGUACAGGAAGCAACAAGGCUGUUCGCAAGCUGCUCCAUGUCGCCGUCAGCGACGUGAACGACGAUGUCAGGCGUAUUGCCGUCAUGAGCUUGGGAUUCAUCCUUUUCCGUAAGCCAAGUAGCGUUCCCCGCAUGGUCGAGCUUCUGUCCGAGUCCUACAACCCCCACGUGCGCUACGGUGCCGCAAUGGCUCUCGGUAUCUCAUGCGCAGGCACUGGCUUGGAUGAGGCAGUCGACCUGCUGGAGCCUAUGAUGAAGGACCCGACCGACUUUGUCAGGCAAGGUGCCCUCAUUGCGUUGGCCAUGAUUAUGGUGCAGCAAAAUGAGGCCAUGAACCCCAAGGUUGCUGCUAUCCGCAAGGCCUUGAAGAAGAUUGUUGGCGACAGGCACGAGGAUGCGAUGACCAAGUUCGGAUGCUCUCUCGCGUUGGGCAUCAUCGACGCGGGUGGCAGGAACUGCACCAUCGGUCUCCAAACGCAGAGCGGCAACCUCAACAUGCCAGGUAUCGUCGGCAUGGCGGUCUUCACGCAGUACUGGUACUGGUUCCCAUUCACCCAUUUCCUGUCCCUCAGCUUUACGCCAACCUCCAUGAUCGGACUCGACCACGACCUGGAGAUCCCCAACUUCAAGUUCCACAGCGCCACACGCCCAAGUCUGUUCGACUACCCUCCUGAGCAGGAGGUCAAGACUGAUGAGGCGCCUACUCUUAUUGCCACCGCAGUCCUCUCCACCACUGCCCAGGCCAGACGCCGUGCUCAGAAGAAGGAGCGUGCUCAACGCCAUGAGAGCAUGGACAUUGACCAGACACCCACCACACCCAAGGUUUCUGCACCAGAUGCCGAGAAGAUGGAUGUUGACGAGGAAGCCAAGGAAGGCGGAAAGAAGGAAGGAGAGGAGGCUAAGGAGGCAGGUGCUCAAGGAACACCCAAGAAGAAGCUCGAGAAGGAGAUGGUCGGAUAUGAUAUCGAGAACAUGUCACGUGUUCUCCCGGCCCAGUUGAAGUUCAUUAGCUUCCCAGCUGGGCGAUACAAGCCAGUGAAGAAGCCAACUGGAGGUGUGAUCAUGCUCUUGGACAGCCAGCCAGACGAGCCCAAGUCUCUGAUUGAGGAGAAGAUGAAGAAGGCCUCGGUUGAGCGCGCCGCCGCACUCCCAACACUCGAGGACCUCCGACAGGAGUCGUUCAGUCUGCGCCGCUUGGCCGACGCGCAAGGCGAAGCUGCCGGUGCAUUGUCAGGGGCCGGUGCUGCAGCCGGGGCAGGUGUAUUAACAGCCGUGGACGAAGAUGGGGAGGGUGGGGAGGAAGCUGCCGUGCCCAACGAGUUCGAAUACUUCUCUGACGAGGAGGAGGAAGAGGAGAAUUAGACGCAGGGGAGGUAAUUGGGGCGUCUGUAUUACUAUUUCUUUUAGUGUUUUUUUGCACUGGAGCAUAGAUGGCGGUGGUACGAUAGUGAGAGCAUAAUGCAGAAUAUUACUUGAGCUUUAUUAUCUGUUGGGGUGUGUGAAGAUUAUGUUUGUAUAAGUUUAUCGCCAAAGGGUGCGGAUGGGACUUUUUUAGAGCUGGACGGCGAAAGAAGAGGCAUUCUCAUAUCAGUAAUCUGCGGACGAGAACAUCCAACCGCCUGGGUAGCUCAAUCGGUAGAGCGUGUGACUCUUACUUCCUUAUCUUAGUAUACGAGAUCAUCUCAAGGUCGCGGGUUCUAGCCCCGCCUCGGGCUCAAAUCCCGAGUGCUCUCUUGAGGAGUCCUCAACUUUUCCACUGGUAGUGGGGCAUGUAGGAGAUUUUUUUUUGGGUGGGGGGGGAUAUAUGUAUGCUUGGCGGCUUGUUCAAUCGAAUCUAUAAUAUUCAUUUUUUGAUGUUUUCUAUUUCUCCUGGG